AUGAGAAGAGUAAAUGCCCUGUAUAUAACCGCCAAAAACGGGGCUAUUAAAAUAUGCGCACGACUAAAUGAAGCUUUAUUGGAGCAAUUCGGAUUUGCCAUACAAGAUGUGACUUGCGGAAAAAUUAUAAACUACUUAUAUACCCCAAAGGAUUCUUCGAGUCUGGCUAUUACUAGAAUAUUAUUUGGUAUAUGUAUGCUGUUGGACAUCCCCGAUGAGAGAGGAGGUGCGGUGAUGCCGACCCGCUGGGGUGACCCCAAAACCUGUCACUUUCCUCUGCUACCAUUUGUGACUGCUGUCUCCUUGCCGUACAUGGCACUUGUCUAUUCGGUAUUGUGGCUGGGUGCACUCGGUAUAACCCUCGGAUAUAAAUUUCGUUUAAGUUCUUGGGCCUUUACGAUAUGUUAUUGGUAUCUGUUCCUCAUAGAGAAGAGCUUCUGGAACAAUCAUAGCUAUUUGUUUGGGCUGGUUUCGUUGCUGCUAUCUUGUACGGAGGCUGGAAAUUAUUGGUCAAUAGACGUAUUCUUGAAGCCAUCACUGAAAAGAACUACCGUGCCAUAUUGGAAUUAUUUUGUACUGAAAUAUCAGUUCUUCAUCUUAUACUUCGUAGCGGGCUUGAAGAAGGGAACGGCGGAAUGGCUGACUGGUUAUUCCGUACCUAACUUGAGUGAACAUUGGGUAUUUAGCCCGUUUAAAUUAUUCUUAACGGGUCCUCAAAUAAAUUACUUAAUAGUGCACUGGUUUAUUUUUGUCUUUGACUUGACCAUCGCCUUUUGGAUGAUGUGGUCUAAAACGAGGCACAUUGCCAUGGUAUUUUGUGCACUGUUUCAUCUAAUGAAUAGUCGGUUGUUUGCGAUUGGUAUGUUUCCUUGGGUUUGCUUAGCGACAAUGCCUUUAUAUUAUCCAUUCGAUUGGCCAAAAAUAUUGUUACGACGAGCCAUUUCUUCGACUGCAGUUUUUUUUAAUAAAAUAAUUGAGGUAUUAAGAGCGAAGUUGGUUAAACUGCAUGAUAAAUUUAAAACCGAUGAAAGCGAAAUCCACGAAACAAAAUUGUCUAAAGAUUCUGAUAAGGAUAAAGUAUUGGCGGAUAAAAAGAAUAAGCUAAACGAGAAAGAAUGUUCAGUCAGUAAUAAAAAGGAGACAUCCGAUAAUAUUAUUCGAAAAGCAAAAAUAGAAAAGAUUAAAGAUCCAAAAGAAAACGCAGGAGAAUGCAACGAAAGAUACGAACAGAGAAAAAUGAGAACUUGUUUAUUGAUUCUAUUACACGUUGUGAUGCAAGCGUUUUUGCCAUAUUCUCAUUUUAUUACUAAGGGUUACAAUAAUUGGACAAACGGACUAUACGGAUAUUCCUGGGACAUGAUGGUCCACACGUGGGAUGUUUAUUCUGUCGUCGUGAAAGUGGUGAAUAACGAAAACAACGCAGAAUAUUUCGUUGACCCAUACAUAUAUACGCCUAAUGAUCGAUGGACACGGCAUGGCGACAUGGUUUACCAAUACGCUCAUUGUUUGAAAGACAGACUCCUUAAAACACACACAGGAAAGCAAAUUUCAGCGAAUUCACUUUCGGAAAACAUUUCCAUUUAUAUUGACGUGUGGUGUUCCAUGAACGGCCGAUUUAUUCAGCGAAUGUUUUCAAAAGAAGAUAUGUUAGCUGUGUCUUGGUCGCCGUUGAAGCAAUUGUCAUACAUCAUGCCAUUGUUGGACGAAGGACUCAAUUGGAGGAGUUAUUUGCAGAAUAUGAAAGAAGUGGUCCAUUCGUGGAAUAAUUAUAGCGAUGUCGUUUUUAUUGCGGAUUUUCCAGGUUACGAACAAGACAAAUUUAUCCCACGUGAAUUGGUGAACGUUUCUUUAACAGUUCUAAAAGGAACGGUGAUGUAUGAACCAGAACACACAAGUGAAAUGACGGGUCAAUCACAUAGAUUAAACGAGGGACAUCAAGUUAAACUGGACUCUGAAAGAUUCCAUAGAGUAAUAAAUAUUGGUUCAAGUCCAGCAUUUUAUAUGUAUACCUUUGCAAACCUCACGGAAGCAAAUAAUGUAGCACCAUCAAAACCACUUUUACCGAUAUAUAAAGAGCUUUUCAGACGAUAUAAAAAUAUGAUUACUUUUGCGAAGAAUGUUUUUUCUAACAUAUUUAGAAUUUCACAGUGUUAUGAAAUAUAA